CAGUUCAGUUGAAGGAAUCAGAGAAUGCUUUCGCGGGUGAUCGUCGCGGGUUGUGGUCUGCUGUUGACGUUCGGCGUACGACUAGUUCUUCCGCUGCUUCUUCGAAAUGAUUGCGUGUGUGAUCCGGUUAAUGCAUUUCUCGAUUCGCUUCCGCUUAACCGCGAACGUACGGACCAACUGCUGGCAGUUGACGGCUAUCAAGGUGAACCACACCGUGUCGUUACGGAAGAUGGGUACGUGCUGAAACUAUAUCGGAUUUGGCGCGAUCAGCGUCCGGCUGGGAACGUCAGUCGGGAAGUGAUUCUGUUGCAGCAUGGUAUUCUGCACUCCUCCGCGGAUUGGUUGGUUCUUGGACCGCAGCGAUCACUGGCUUAUCAGCUGGUGGAUCUGGGCUUCGAUGUCUGGCUUGCGAACACUCGAUCCUCGCUAAAUUCCCAUCAACACGAACACUACUGCACCUGCUCGCAAGAGUUUUGGGACUACAGUUGGCACGAAAUGGGCUACUACGAUCUUGCUGCGACCAUCGACAAAGUCCUGCAGGAAACCAAGCAACCGAAACUUCGACUGGUUGUUUACUCGGAAGGUGGUGCCCUCGCUAUGGUCCUACUUUCAUCCCGUCCGGAGUACAACGAAAAACUGAGCUACUUGGAUGCAAUGUGUCCGGGGGCAUUCGUGUCCAACACCUGGUAUCGUUUCACGACCCUUACCGUUAAAAAACUUGCUAAAGUUUUUCGGUCCGUCUACGCCCUGUACUCUACCAAUCAGGUCACGGUGAAAGCCUGCGAAAAGCAGAAGGAAGCCUGCCUGGAACUGUACUACCAAAUAAUAGCCGGCGAAAGUGUCGGAAUGAACCGGACCUGGAUCGAUCGGAUCUACCCGACCCUGCCGGCCGGAGGUUCAAUGAAGGAGGUCCUACACUACGUUCAGCUUAUCUGGAGCCAGCGAUUCGCGCCGUACGAUUACGGUGCGGAUAAGAACCUUCGGUUGUACGGCACUCGGACUCCCCCGGAUUACCGGCUGGAUCGGGUAACGGUGCCGAUCAACAUUCACUACGGUUUGAGUGAUAAAAUUGUGGAUCCCUCGGGUGUCGAACGGUUGGCUUCGAAGCUGAUCAACAGUGCCCGGUUGAGGUUACAGCCGUACGAUCGGUUGGAGCAUUCGGACUUCAUCUAUGGGGAUUCGGCAUUUGAGAUUGUUUAUAAGAAAGUGAUUAGGCUGAUUUUGGAAUAA